AUGGGUAAUUUCGGAACUGCUGUCAACUCCCUGUUAGGCACUUACACCAAGUGCCUGUCUCUUCUCAAAGGCUUCCCUAAGGAUGAGGAUUCGGCGACAUUGAGUGAGACUCGCUCGACACUGAGCACCUCACUUCGGUCUGACAGAGCUCGAGUGCGUCGAGAAUAUGCUUCGCGACUUUCACAAGAUGGUUCUCGGUUUGAAAAAGGUGAUGCUCCUGCACGAUCGGCUCUUAGACGCAUUGUGAGGAAACUCACAAACACCCUGGCCGACGUAGUCCGCUCAUUUCAUGACCCUAAAGGACAGCCGAUCAAUUGCGAGUCUCUUCUAGCUCUAUCCACGGGCUCAAGUCUAGACGCCGUUCGCGCGAUGAGUGACUUGUCAACCAGAGUAGGAUCAACUUCAAGUUCCAGUUCACGGGGUAGCAUCGUGAGCAGAGGACGACAGAGAUCCCGCCGUCAUAGCCAGAAAGCCGGAACCAAGUCUAAGAGACGGUCAACAGAAGAGCGGUCUAAGCGUGACAAGACCAGAGGCAAGAAGUCCACGAGCCAUAGCCAUAGCCGGAGACGUACGUCCUCCGAUCGGCGGCAUUAUCAACAUGGUUCGACCAGCCGGCACUCGCCGGAAAUAAAAGGGCCUCAUAACCGAGUCUCCAUAGUGACCAUUGCUUCGGAUUCCACCAAGCUGGGAGAGAUCAGGCGGCGCUUGUCGAAGCAGAUGCCUUUGGAGGAAUAUGAGAACAUGGCCGCUUAUCCAUUGUAUGCCUACCAUGCCCAAGAGGCACCAGUGCGUAAGAAAUGGUGGAAUCCUUUCAGGCGCUGA